AUGCGUCGUGGUCCUCUUGUCGUCUAUGCCGAGGAUGAUGGUCUUACCAAGGCCUUCCGUAACAUCCCCGGUAUCGAGCUCUGCCAGGUUGAUCGUCUCAACCUCUUGCAGGUUGCUCCUGGUGGCACUUUCGGCAGAUUCAUUAUCUGGACUCAGCCCGCCUUCGACCGUCUCCAGCAGCUCUUCGGUUCCUACAGGUCCGGUGCUGCCUUGAAGUCUGGUUACAGGCUUCCUAGGCCUUUGAUGACCAAUGCUGAUGUGGCUAAGAUCAUCAACUCUGAGGAGGUUCAGGCUGUCUGCCGUCCUGCUCUUGCUCCUGCUCGCCGUGUUGGCCAGAAGAAGAAUGCCCUGAAGAACCGCCAGAUGAUGGCUAAGCUUAACCCUGGUGCUCUUCAUCGUGCUAAGCUGCGUGCUCAGGCCCAGCAGGAGGGUACUCAGGCUCAUGCUCAGAAGGUUGCUGCUAUCCGUGCCCGUGCUGAGCAGGCUAAGAAGAGCGCUAAUGUCGGUAAGACUUUCUACAAGGAGCUCACUGCUGCAUAUCAGCCCACCGUCGAGAGCGAAUCCGAAGACGAGGAGUAA